CCCGCCUUGCUCUCGCCUCUAAAGUGGCUGGCGCGCGCCUCCCGCAGCCCCACUUUCACUCUUCGCCUCCUGGUCCGCUCCGCGACCCGCCUGCGUCCCCGCCGCCUCCCGCCAGCUGGUGCCAUGGAUGCCAAGGUCUUCGCUGUGCUCGCCCUGGUGCUGACUGCGCUCUGCCUCGGCCACGGGAAACCGGUUAGCUUGAGCUACAGAUGUCCCUGCCGAUACUUUGAGAGUCACGUCGCCAGAGUCAAUAUCAAACAUCUCAAAAUCCUCAACACUCCGAACUGUGCCCUUCAGAUUGUAGCAAGGCUGAAGAACAACAACAGACAAGUGUGCAUUGAUCCAAAAUUGAAGUGGAUUCAGGAGUAUCUGGAGAAAGCUUUAAACAAGAGGUUGAAGAUGUGAGAGGCGCAGGUUGGGUCAGACGCCUGAGGAAACCUUAAACAGUAGGAGCCCAGGUCUGAAACAGUGUUAGGAAGGGUCUGCAGAGGCUCCCCCACAUACACCUGUACCCAGGCAGCCCCGAUAGUAUCCCAAGGGCUUUGUUUUUGCACAAUUUGCCUUCUUUUCACCAUUUAGUUAUGUAGCAACAUAUAUGGUGUUUGUUUCUCAUUUAGUGGAAUCAUCUGUUGUCACUGGUGGCAGAUAGAAACAUAGCCUCAUAUUUUAUUUGCUUUAUUGUAAUAUCUUUCCCAUGGAGCCUGUGGUCCAACUAGGACUUUCCUGAGUUAUAUAUCUCUCUGAGGUGCUUGGGCUGGUUUCCCAGACUACAGGAUCCUGACCCACAGCAUCACACCCUAGGAUGGAGAGCCACCAGGGCCUAUGAGUCAGCAUAGGCAAACCCUAGUCAGGGCUUCCCUGUGGUAGCAGCGAAUGGGUGACUUUUAGAGGGCCAAGGAGAUGCCUUCUCUUCCUCAGAUGAGAGCUGGCUCUGCAUUUCUGUGACCAUAGAGCUUUCCUGAGCUGGGUCAGACAGGGUGUGAAGCCAGGAUAGGGUGAGCUGCACACACCUCAACCCGACUUCUCUUCAUCCCAUCAUGUUCUCAUCAUCAUCUAACUCAUCCGUCAUCAUCUGUAUCCAAGACUGUCUCCAUGACCUGGAUAAAUAAAAAAGACUCUCUCUCAAGACCAAAGCUUUACUUUAAUCUGGGCACCAAGAAGCAAAUCAAGAGGCCUUGUGUUAUUUGGUCCCAAAAAUCACUGUGCACGUCUGUCUUGUUUGGAAUAUUGUCUGUUGUCCAUCAUGUGUUUUGUCCAAAGCCAAAGUCCUCGGUGCAUGCACUGUCAGUUUAUUAUAUGCAAAGGCUGAGAAUGAGAUGCUAGUUGUGGGGGCACUGAUCAGGUUUCUGAUAAAUGCUGUGAUCCAAGAGUGGAUCACAAGUUUAUUUAAAUUGGGUGUCCCUUCUGAUCACAAGGCCAUGGUGGAUCGUGGUGACCCAAGGGAAUUCAGUCUGCAGCAAUAUUAAUUUUUUGAAUUAUUAUCUUUAUUUGAUAGACAGCCAGAACUCAAGAGGAAAGGGAAUACAGAGGAGAAAGACAGAGAGACACCUGCAACAUUGCUUCACCAUUCAUGAAGCUUUCCUCCUGCAGAUGGGGGUUGGGGGCUCAAAUCUGGAUCCUUGCACAUAGUAGUAACAUGUGUGCUCAACCAGGUGUGCUACCACUGGGCCCUCAAUAAUAUUAAUAGCUGAAGAACUCCACCCUUGAAAACCUCUAUCCUUGGUAGCUCAGAAGUUUAGACAUUCAUUGUGUCAAGUUCAGCAUUGCUCUGGAAAUAGCAAGUAAUUAAUUGUGUAUAUGUUUUAUAAAUAAGUUUCAUAAAAAUAAUCUGUACUUGCAGAUUUCCUCCCAAUUAAAAUCUAGUAUUUUUCACCAUUUGGUGAAAACCCAUCUUCCCUGCCAGACCUACUCUGUUGCUCCUGCCUUCCUGUGCUUCCAGGACUACUCUCUUAGAAAACAAGGCAACACUUAGGACCUUAGGUUGAAAAUGUCCUGUGAGGACAGUUUGUAGAAUUGAAUUAAAUAGUUAACAUUUGUUUUUUGUUCAGUUUGUUAGAAAAGUAAGCAGUUUAUUCAUAUGCUUUUUUUUCUCUUUUAAUUUGAUCUUACUAAUACUUUGCCAUUUGGCUCCAGACAAGGAAACUUUUUAGAGAAAACGGGCAAAACAAGGAAAUUUAUCAACUGAAUGGACCCUGUAAAUGAUGUAAAAAAUACUUUAAAAUAUUUAAUAAUAUUUAGAGUAAUAAUGGUAUGUUUCCUGAAUAUACAUGAAACGAUAAACUUUUCAGUGGAGACAAUUUUUUUUGAUGAUCUAAAAUAUGUAAAAAUGUCUUGGAAAUUUGGAAAUGUCUUCUCCAGGAGUUAAGAGCCAGAACCAUUAAAUAUUUUGCUCUAAAGAAAUAAAAAUGCCACUAAAUCUUGACUAGAGUUGAGUAAAGAAUCCCUCCUGUUUUUUCCCCUACAGGGGAGCAGAAACUACAAGGAAAUUUAUUUGUGAAACAAUUCCUCACUGGCAAUCUGCUCUUCUGUGGGGACAGCCCAGCUAAAGCAAAUAUGCAUUCAAAUAGUCCAUUUGCAAAGAAAAAGGUUCUCCCAUCCCCCUUGUUGCUUUCAAAAUACAAGUCAAGAGUAUCCUUUGAUUAGGAUGUCAUUCAACUCUCCCUCCAAUCUAGUGCUGUCUAUCCCUAACAUUCCCUUGGGUACCCUGUAACCUCCAGGGCAGUCUGCUGCUGUCAGCCUUUGCAUACAGACCCUGGCUGAGGGAACUGCUCUCACAGACUUGUUGUGUGUUGAAAUCCAAAUUUGUGCCAUAUGUUGUUUGCACUGUUCAUUGUCCGCUCCUGCCAGGUGUUGAGACCCCAGCAAGAGGCUAAACCAGGCCCUCUGCUUUUCUACCUGUUCUCUAGAGAAGGGAGUUUCUGCUUCCAGCAGAGGGUCCAAAUAGCAAAAGAAAAUAGCAAAACAUUGUAGUGUUCCCUGUUUUAAGCCCAAUUAUUUCAUUGCAUCAAUUUUGAUCCCUCCAUUUUUUCUCACCACUGCUUUGUCCUAUCUCACUGGGAGCUCAUCUCUUUUUCCAUAUGUUUCUGAUCUUUUGCAACUGAAUGAGAAUUGUGGGAUCCUGAUCCCUCUGCACAUCUUAUCUAACACAUUCUGAGGGAACCUUAUCCCUUGGAGAUGAUCUCUAAAUAUCUCUAAGUCUCAUAAACAGACCACUGACAUUACCAACAUAAAGCACACACAUACACAAUAGGAAACUUGUUAUUUUGCAAUCUUGCUGGACUCUCAGCUUCUGAGCAGUGAUGGAGUCAGUGUUAAAUGUGAUAAAUACUGUACUUUGUAUUGUUUAAAAUGCAUCUCCCAGAUAAUGUGAAAAUGGUCCAGGAGAAGGCAGCUUCCUGUGUGCAGUGUGCUUUUUUUCUUCCUUUCUUUUUUUUUUUUUAAUAAGUAACAAGCCUUUUGAGAAAACCGUUUCUACUUUGAAGUCAUAUCAAUGAAAAGAUGUAUAUGCACUUACAAUUUUCUUAAUAAAGACAUGUAUUCAAAUGCA